AUGCGUCGUCGUCCGCGUUCUUCUUCUUCUUCUCCUUCUUCUCCUCCUGCUACUACUUCUACUGACAAUAUCUUCUUUCGUUUACCAUGUGCUUUACUCGUUGAAUUUCUAGAUCUUCGUGAGGCGAUAAAUUUAUUAAAUACGAGUCCAUGGCUUCGUUCAGAUCGUGUUUUAACCUCUACAGCAUUAGAAAAGACACUGAAUGGGGAAGAAGAAGAAGAAGAAGAAGAAGAAGAAGAAGAAGAAGAAGGAGGAAGAGAUCAUACACUUGAAAUAUGGGAAGAUUGUCAUGUUCGAACAGCUGCUGGGAAAGAAUUAACGUACUGGAAAGACACAGUACGGGAUACACCACAAUGGCAACAUGUGCCUCUACUCUCGAUCAUUGAUUUUAUGGUCUCCAAGUUGUUACCACAGAGUUACAUUACAUUUAAAUAUGCAGCUACUGUGUAUACAGCGAGACCAGUGAUUGUCAGACUUCAUCCGCUUUGUGAGAGACAAGAAAAAGAGAGAAAAAAAGAGAUGGACAGGAUGCAAAAGAUCAAAACAUUGCACGUCGAAUGUGUGAAGUUUUAG